AUGCAAAUUUUGUCUGAAUUUCAGAGCUGCUCAGUGUGUUUGGAACCUUGGUCUACGGGCGGAGAACAUAGAGUGACUUGCUUGAAAUGUGGUCAUCUGUUUGGACUAAGGUAAGCUGGAUCAACAAGGAUCAAAUAGAGUAAUUCAAGCUCUGAUUGAAGGUUUGUGCUGUUGAACAUUUGGUGACUUGUUUACAAUGAACAAUAUUUAAAAAAAUACCAGUACUUAAUUUCAGUUACGUGCCUUGAAAAGUUUAUGGCUGUAUUCGUUUUUUUAAAUUUAUGUAAAACAAUAAUAUAGGCUAUUGAAAUAUGUGCAAUCCACAUUGCACUGCUAUUGAAAUAUGUGCUAUCCACAUUGCACUGCUAUGGAAUUAUGUGCUAUCCACAUUGCACUGCCAGUAGAAUAGCAAAAAUGUGUGCUAUUGGUAAUAUAUUUGUGACUACCUGCAAUAUUGUAUCUGACAGCUGUAUUUUGAAAUGGGUAGAACAAGCUCACUGCUGCCCACAGUGCAAAGCUCCUGCCAAGAAAAGUGAUUUGAGAAACAUUUUUGUCAGGAAAAUAACAGUAAGUGUUGUAAAGGAUUUGAACCUGUCACUUUAUGUCACUCUUGGUAAGUCAUUAAUGUUCUUUAUGUCACUCUUGGUAAGUCAUUAAUGUUCUUUAUGUCACUCUUGGUAAGUCAUUAAUGUUCUUUAUGUCACUCUUGGUAAGUCAUUAAUGUUCUUUAUGUCACUCUUGGUAAGUCAUUAAUGUUCUUUAUUUUUUUCUGGGCUACAUUUAAAUUUUCUUUAUCCUGUAGUUUUCAAACAUAAAUUAUUUCAACCUUUGAAUUUUUAAAAUAAGUUAAUGAGACGUGCGGAUAAAUAUGUAAGCAAUUUGUUUUUACAUACAGUAAUGACAUCUACACUGACUUGACAAAAUAUGAUACUGGACGGUUUUUAUUUUAAGAAGUGACCUGCAAGUUUUGUUGAGGGAUUAAGUGGAAGAAUUAACCUUAAAUUUAAACUGCAUGCUAAGUACAGAUGAACUUGUUUUUUUAUUGAGAAUAAAUCCAUUCUGUCAGGCUGAAGACACCUCUGAGAGAGACAGAGCGUACCGACUGCUGGAGGAGGAGAAAGCAGCAAGGAGAGUCCUUGAGCAGAAGGAGGCUCAGGCCAGGCAUAAGUUAGAUUCGCGAAAUACAGAAUAUGAGAUCCUAAAAAAUGAACUGAAGCAGCUGAAAGCUCAGGUCUCACUGAGCGGAGGGUAAACGCUAAAUGUUCCGUUUCUUUCGUGCUCUGUAGAUGUUCAUCCAUGUUUUCUUUUUAUUUGCUAGUCAUUUAUUUGUAAAUGUUUGGAACAGUUGCAUGGACUAAAACAGAUUUUUUUUUUAAACCUUCUUGUUGUUUGAAAUUAUUAAUGACAUUUUGGUAAUGUUAGUGUAGACAGCACUGUAGUUAUAUGUCUCUUAUCAAUAAAAAUAAGUUUUAUUUAACAAAUAGAUAAUAAGACAAUCUGGAGACAUCACUAAGUAGGUGACAUAUUGAAAAAAGCGUACAAUACUUUAAUGAUGUGUCCCGUAUGACCCCAAGUGAUAAGGUCUUAACUUCAAUCAAAGUCUUAAACACACUGAAAGGUGUUUAUCAGAUUGACAAGCAUGUUACAGCUGUGCUAGCCUUAUUUUUCAGCAGUGAAACAAAUUUAAUGUGUUCAUAUCUGCAGUCCUAUUCCGACGACCAGUACAUCUUCCCAAAAUAGCUUUAUUAAUGUAAGCACGAGUCAUCCCAACAGUAACAAGAAAUACCAGCCUAUACAAAGGAUUAACAUUGCACCUCAGGUAAUUGGUCAUUUAAAGAUGUGAUUAGACCAAGAAAUGUAAAUACUUACAUUUUUAGAUUUAAAAAAAUUCAUGUGAACUUAUAUUUUAAGUGCGUAUUUAUGUGAACUUAUAAAUAUUAUGAUAAAUUGAAAUUGAUUAAAUGGAGCUGUACAUUUUGUUCCAUUGUGCAAGUUAGACAAAGGUUUAACUAUAAUUUAAUAUUGUAUUUGACUGCGAGAAAAUUUGGAAUGAUAUGAUUGGACUAUUGUUUUGUAAAAUGUGACUUCCUUAAUGAAGCUAAAAAAGAAUUAAUUAAUUAUUCAUUCCCCAGAAGACCAUAAGAAAUAUUUUAUUUUUCUAGAUGUAAGAAUUUUAGUACAAUUAUAAUGGGGACAAUAUUGCUCUAAACUCAGCAGCCAUUUUCAAAACCUGUAAUAUUUAUUAAUGACCAGCUGAACCUCACAGAACUUGAGCACGAAGUUUUUAAACAAAUAUAAACUAAUAAUAAUAUUUGGAUGACCAAAACUGUUGUGUGUUUAAAUUAAUUGGGAUGGAUAGUGUGGAUCUUAGUGUGGAUCUUAUUUUUUUUAAGUUAUUUAUUUUUUUUAAGUUAUUUAUUUUUUUUAUAUGACAAUUUUCUUCAGCACUCUGGAAAACUUAAAGAUGCUAGAAAGGCCUGAUAGCCUAUGAACUGUACUCAGUAAAUUAAAUAUGUCAUUAAUUUUUAUAUUAAUAUUUUCUGAAAUUUCCAAAUUUAUUUUCCAGGAUGCUAACUGUCGCGUAUUUGAUUACUGCAGAGAAUUAGGCAUUGCGGUUGUCUCACAGAAAUCUCCAAAUGCUCUCUUCAGGGGAUUUGGAAUUAAGGUAUGAAGUUAAAUUAGCAAUUAUUUACUGUGGCUUCUAAAAAAAUAAAUUAAGUAAACUGAAGAUCUCAUCUUUCUCGUUCAAUGAUCAUGAUCUGCCAAAAAAUUUUAAAGUCUGAUUAUUAUCAGUUUAAAUUCUGAUCCAGACAAAACUUAUCUGGGACAAAAGAAAUCAUUAAAUAGCUUCAUAACUAAUAGUCGGAUGGCGUUGGUUUUGAAAUUGAUGGAAAAAGAAAUGUCAGCUGGGGAAAAAAAUUAAGAUAAAUAACAGAGAAUAUGAAGUAUUCUUUGACUCACAUUCAUGGUAUGGAAGUGGUUAGAAGAAACUUUCAACUUUCCUAUAAAAUGCUAGUUAUUUAUACAUCCAAGUAAUUUAUUAAAUGACAAUAGCGUGCUCCAUUAACUCCAUCUUUUGUUUUCCUGUACCCAUAAGCUGAAGUUUUGUAUUAACUUUUAAGUGCAUUGAAAUUAAGGUCCAAAACAUGCCUCUUUUAAUCACUAAUUUUUUCUCUGUUCCAGAUGCUGUCUCGAGAUUUCAAACCAUUGUCUUAUCAACCUCUUCAUGCCGCUGCAAUACGAGACAUAUGCUUUAGGCCAGCAUCACACGAUGGUCAGCUCCUGAGUUGCGGGAUGGACAAAUCGAUUCAACUGUCCAGUGUCACCAGCAAAGUUGUUAUUCAAAAGUGAGUUCUCCAAAGCAAAUUAACCUAUUAGCUGUCACAGUAAAAAAAAAAAGAUGAUGUUGAAGAAAUCAUUUUACUUUUAUAUUUAUAGAAAUAAAGCUGUACAUCUUCUUGAUUUACUCGCUUCAUUGCAUUCAAUAACAUUGUCAUUAUUUUACCAUUUUAAAAGAUGGCGGGGGGGGGGGGGGGGGGGGGGGGGAUUGUGUGUGUGUGUUGCACAUGACUUAGGAAACUGCACAGUUAUAAUAACACUGAUGGCAGAGGAGGGGUUAAGGUAUUCUAAUUGAUUGUUGCUUAAUGCUUGGUACAUUCAUGAUUCUUGUUGAUAAUUACCGAGCAACUCUUGGGGAGUAAAACUGGCGGAGUAAUUAAUUAAGUGUAUCUUAUAACAUGGCAUGAGUCUUUAUUGUACUCUCUUAAGGUAAAUAUGAAAACAUAUGAAAACAUAAUGCAUUUAAAAGGAGGGGUGGUCUUGAUAUAAGUUAAACUGCAUUACAUAUAAAACUUUUAAAAAAUCUUAAAAACAAUAACCUGAAGAGUUCCUUCGUGUUUGACAGAUACAACGUGAACAGUUCGGUGUGGUGUUGUGUUUGGAAUACGGCCAACACAAACAUUUUCUACGCUGGGAUGGAGAAGGGGCUCGUCAUGGAGUUUGACAUCAGGAGGACUGACUCUCAUGUUCAAGAAAUUUUGAAUAAUGGCGGCAGCCCCAUCAGUAGUCUUCAGUUUGUUGGUGUAUCAGGGGGGCAACAAGGGUAAGUGGGAGACUGUCGGGGGGGCAAGAAUGGUAAGUGGAUCACUAUCAGGGGGCAAGAAGGGUAAGUGGGACACUGUAAGGGGGCAAGAAGGGUAAGUGGAUCACUGUCAGGGGGCAACAAGGGUAAGUGGGACACUGUCGGGGGUGGGGGGGGGGUAACAAGGGUAAGUGGGACACUGUCAGGGGCAUCAUGGGUAAGAAUGAAACCUCCAAGGGGUGGGUGGGGUGAGUAGCGACAAGGACAGUGUAACACAGAAAAUGAAGUGUAAGAGUGUGGACUGUGAUGGUAGUGGAAGUUUAACACUGUACAAGUGGUUGGUGUUGGCUAAACACUUAUUUUUAAUGUUCGAGAUUACUGGUUUUUAAUUCCAAUUUCUUUGUAAAAAUCAUGCCAGACUCCAAGGUUUGCUGAUUGCACAGUUACAGAACUUAAUUUUCAAGGAACAAGUCAGUGACAGUUUUACCACUCAUAUUUUACCUCACUUACAGGGUAAGAAUAUAUUCACUGUCUUAACAUCCUGGUCGUUGUAGUUGUCAUGGUCAGAUCAUGUGAUGUCGUUCUGUGUCUAAUUGUGAUGUUGUGUGAGUUAGCGAUUGUUUUUCCUUCAGUUACUUCCUCUUGUAUCCCACCAAUUUUACUCAGCCAGGAAUGAGCUAUGGCGUAUGACCGUGGCGGUGUGUUGCAAAAAAAACCUGUGGUGAAGAGUAGUCUGUAAUUAUUGUUGUGAGCGACAAGAAGCCAUUUUUUUUAAAGAGUGAGUUCUUAGUUUGUUGAGCUGAUUACAAAUUCGAAUGGUGAACAGGUUUCCUUUCUUCUCCUGUGAGCGCCAAUAUUACUGGUUUGUCAUUAUUGUGCACUGUGCUUAACACAGUAUAUAAAUAAUUAAAGAAUACUGAUUAUUCAAACCAUCUCAUGAUUUUUUUAAAUUGUUACUGGUUUACUACGCAUCAACCUUGUAGGGGGCUAGGAGAAAGCAACGGAGUUCUAGACUUUGAAAUUGUUUCUAUGGCCGCACGGAGAGGACCUGCUCCUACACGACUUUCCCUCAGAGUGGUGUUAACAUCUUCUCUUAAUUGUUGUGUGUAAGAUACAAUUUUGGAUGAUAUUAAUGAUGUCCACCUUUCUGAAUGUUUUCCUCCAGCCCCACUGAUGAGCUUGAGCCUACACACUAGUGGUCACUUUCUUGCUUCAUUUCGUCCUGGUGUGAACCUCAC